AUGAGGGCGCGUCUCCAUAGCAACAAGGCGCCCUUUGCCCCGGGUGACGCACGGGCCCGCAUCACGUGGCGAGGGAGAGUUCUUAAAGGGCCCGCGGGGAGAAGGAUGCUGGCGGCCGGGGUGCCGCGGGCCCUGUGCCGCCUGGCCGCCCGGCGCUGCCCCGCGGGGCUCCCGCCGUCCCGAACCGUCUGGGGUGGCGGGGCCCGAGGGGAGGAGGGCGGCAGCAGGACGGGGUUCGCCCGUCGGCGGUGGGCCCGGCCGGUCGGGGGUGCCCUGGGCUUCCUGGGAGCCUUCUCCCUCUUCCCCAGGGACGCCGAGGAGGAGGGCGAGGACGCCAUUAUCCUCCUGCUGAAGAGAGCCAAGCUCAGCGUCAUGAAGGGUGAACUGGGGGAGGCCGAGCGGGUGCUGCACCAAGCCCUGCGGCUGUCGCACCAGUCGGAUAACAGGAAAGCCAUCGCCUACACCUACAGCAUGAUGGCAAACGUGGCCUUCAUGCAGGGACAGCUGGACAAUGCAGAAAAGCUCUACAAAGCAAGUAUGAGCUAUUUGCUUGCAGGGGACGCGAAGGAGGAUGACAAUGCAAUCCUUGAGAUGUCCCUCAAGCUGGCCAGUAUCUAUGCUGCUCAGAAACAGCACAAAUUAGCCCUGGCUGGCUAUGAGUUCUGCAUCCUGACCUUAGAGGAGAAGAUUGCCAAGCAAAAGGACUUGCCUGAGGAUGUCUUACGAGCUGAAGAAAAGGCCAACACCCGUCUCUUGCUUGGGAUGAGUCUAGACUCCUAUGCUCGCUAUCUCCUAAGCAUUAACCAGCUCCCAGUGGCCCAAAAAAUGUAUGAGAAGGCUCUGCAGAUAUCAAAUGAUGUUCAGGGAGAGACUCAUCCACAGACUGUCAUCCUGAUAAAUGACUUAGCAACUGUACUGGAUGCUCAGGGGCACUACGAUGAGGCAUAUUCCUAUGUGAAGAGGGCAGCUGAGCUGGCAAAGGAGACUCAACACCCUGAGGAGCACAUGGUGCUGAAUAACCUGGCAGCAAUUCUGAUGCACAAAGAAGACUUUCUGCAAGCAAAACAAGUGUACAAAGAAGCUCUCAAGCAGGCACAACAGAAGGGAGAUGUUGCUUCUGUCCAGCAUAUCCAGGAAGAACUAGCUGAGCUGGCCAAGAGGAGAAAGGGCUCCAAAUAAGUUUGGCCACAGAGUCCAGCCUUGAGGUGGCUGACAGCAGCAAGGGUUGGUCACUACAAGCAGCCUGGGACCAGUUUGGUGCAAUUCUCCAGGGGAACAGCAAUGAGGAGUUUAAGGACUGCUUAACAAGAAGGGCUGCUAUUGCCUAGGAACUUGGCCCCAAAUAAAGUUGUGAAAUCUUAACCUA